AUGCUGACCAAGGAGCAGGGGGACUACAUCCUUCGGGAGGUCCACAGCGGAAUCUGCGGUGACCAUUCUGGAUCCCGAUCGCUCGCACACAAGGUUUUCCGGCAGGGUUAUUUCUGGCCGACUCUGCACCAGGAUGCGAACACACUAGUCAAGAGGUGUGACAAAUGCCAGCGGUUCGGUAGUGUCCCUCAUAUUCCUGCCGAGCCACUGUCACCGAUCGUGAGCCCAUGGCCGUUCGCCCAGUGGGGACUAGAUCUAAUUGGUCCGAUGCCAGAGGGCAAGGGUCAGGUCAAAUACGUUGUUGUUGCCGUAGACUACUUUACCAAAUUGGUAGAAGCCAAAGCCCUAGCGACAAUAACGGCAGCCAGAGUCGAAGAUUUCGUUUGGACGAAUAUUUGUUGCCGAUUCGGCAUCCCCUACGCCAUCGUCACGGAUAACGGCAGGCAGUUUGAUUCGGAAGUCUUUAGGGAAUUCUGCACCCGACUCAAGAUCAACCUGUUCUUUGCUUCGCCAGCACACCCCCAAUCGAACGGACAGGUCGAAGCCAUGAACAAAAUUGUCAAGAAGCUGUUGAAACGGCAGCUUGACAAAGCCAAAGGAGCCUGGCCGGAAAAGCUUCCGGAAGCGCUAUGGGCCCAUCCGGACAUCCUACCGAACGGCAACUGGGGAAACACCAUUCUCUAUGGCUUUCGGUUCAGAGGCAAUAGUCCCAGUAGAAAUUGGAGAGCCCUCCUACCGAACGGAAACCUUCGCACCGAAGGCAAAUGA